UCAUCAUCUUCAGAAUUAAUCACAUUUUCUGUGUCAUAUUUUUAAUCACGUUCAUUCUCCAACCAAAUUGCUUUGUAUUUUCAUUUUCAGUCACAUUGAGUUUAUUUGCUAUGGCUAUACAACCUUCAUCCAGUUAUGGACAAUCCAAGAAUAUUUCCAGGAAACCCAAAUAUUCUAAAUUCUCACAGCAAGAACUUCCUGCAUGGCAACCAAUUCUAACACCUGGAUGGGUCAUUUCAAUAUUUACAUUUAUAGGACUUGUUUUCAUUCCUAUUGGGGUUGCUUCAUUGUUUGCAUCAGAACGUGUAGUUGAAGUUCCGUUCCGAUAUGACGAUCAAUGCCUUCCGUCUUUAUAUAGUCACGACGCAAUGGCGUAUAUAAAAAAUGAUAGGAUUAACAAAACUUGCACCGUGAACUUCACUGUUAAGAAUAGAAUGAAAGCUCCAAUCUAUGUAUAUUAUCAACUUGGUAACUUUUACCAGAACCAUCGCCGAUAUGUUAAAAAUAGAGAUGAUAAACAACUGAGGAGUAAGGCAGAAGCAAAUGAAUUGGGCACAUGCCAUCCUGAAGACUAUACUCCAAAUGGUCAACCAAUUGUUCCUUGUGGCCUUAUUGCGUGGAGUUUGUUUAAUGACACAUACAGAAUUUCAAACAAUAAUAAGCACUUGGUGAUCAACAAAAAGAACAUAGCAUGGAAAAGUGACAAAAUGGCCAAAUUCGGGUCUAAUGUUUAUCCUAAGAAUUUUCAGUCUAGUGGUUUGAUUGGAGGUGCUAGACUCAAUAAGAGCAUACCUUUGAGUGAACAAGAGGAUUUGAUUGUUUGGAUGAGAACAGCAGCACUGCCUACUUUCAGAAAGUUAUAUGGGAAGAUUGAAGUUGAUCUUGAAGUUAACGAUAAAAUAACGAUCGUAAUCAAGAACAACUAUAAUACAUAUGAGUUUGGAGGAAGGAAGAGUGUGGUUCUGUCAACCACAACAUGGAUUGGUGGAAAAAAUGACUUCUUGGGGAUUGCAUAUAUUCUCAUUGGUGGCCUUUCCUGGUUGUACUCUCUAGUCUUCUUAAUUAUGUAUAUGAUGAAUCCAAGACCCCUUGGAGAUCCAACAUACCUGUCUUGGAAUAGAAAUCAUGAAUCUCUGAGAAGAUGAUAUUGGAUAUUUAACCUUAAGAAAGGAUAUUCCAUGAGGCUUGUGUGCUUCAUGAUUUAACUCUAAUCUUGAUGUAUGAUAUUGAUAGAUUAGUAUGUGGCAAAUUAUAAAUAGGCCAUUUUGAGGAGUACUUGGUAAUGUUAUAUAUAUUUUUAUUGAA